UACAUGGAAGUAAGAAUAAUACUAGCUGUCAAUAUUUACAGCAAUUGGCAUAUAGGCAUAAGAUAGGCCAUGCUUCAUCAGUCGAACAUUAUGGUGUGAUGAAUGACAGACCAAUUGCUCUAACGACUAGAGAAAAAAAUACUAAGAUAUCAGAUAUUAUAGAUCUAUACAAUUACUAA